AGUUCUAUUCCAGAGGUUGGAGAUGUAACCAGCUUCUUGGCAGAUGUAGAGAGACUCACAUUACCUCAUGAUUCCAGUGGAGGGUACUUGAUUUGCAGGAAAGUAGGAAGCAGUGAGAAGUCUCAGGCUACUGGGAUGCUUCAGCCAGUGAUUUAUGAGUUCAUUUGCCACAAUGAGACUCUGAUAAACCAGCUUGCUGACAACAUCAACCGGGCCAUAUCAACUACACAGUCAGUAACACAGUCAGCUGCUGCAGUCAACAGUGAAUCAAGUGAUGUCCUCAUGGAUGAGCUUCAGGUGGCCAUUAAUGAGGCCAGUCAGAUUGCAGAUCCCAUCUGUGAUUCUGUGCUUCAAGAAUUGUUUGGAAAGGACUUCAUUCCUGGUGCCAAGAAGCAAUCUCAAUCUAGAAGUCAGCAAAGCAAUGAAGAGUCAAGGCAUCAAGCAAGGAAGACUCCAGCAAAGAAGCGGAAGCCAACAACUCCUGAAAAAUUAGGAGAAACUCUUCAACAAACUCAAGUCCCAGUUUGUCAACAAAGCAGUGCUGGUACAAUACUUAAUGUGGAAAAUUCUUGUGCUCCAUUGAUCUACAAUGUCAUGUCAAUGCCUGCAUCAGUUGCCAUGUCCUCCAUGACAGUGUCUGGCACAACUGUGUUACCUGAGAGUGAGUGGAGACAAACGACAAGCAGUGCUCCUGAAUCUGCACCUGUUUUAAUCUCCUCUGAAGGGCAUCAUGCAUCUUCAGUCAAGAACCAACUCUCUGCAAUCUCUGACCGAACUCCUCACAUGUGCUCUUCAGGAAAGCAGAUGACGAAGAGUAGCAGUGAGGAUAAGACUACUUCUGUUCAAUCCUGGUACUCUCAUGCCUCCAAAACACAUAAGUACUCCCUCCGAAGACGCUACAAUGUGCCAAAGAUACCAACAAAGACGGAUGUGGCAAAGUACUUCCCUGAUGUAGGUGCUGUUCUCAUCAACACCUAUACCCGACCACCUGAUGCAUCUGAGGAUGAUCCAGGAACUUUGGAAAUUGAUGUUUCUCAAGGAGGAAUUCCUGUGGUGGUGGUUGAAACAUUGCAUGAAUCUUGUGCUUCUCAUUCAAAGACUAUGACUGGAACAACUGCUGUAGCUCAUGUGCCCCCAUCUGACUUGAAAAAAAAAUUGGAAACCUUUGAACAUCAAGCAGAAAGCUUGUCAGCUGUAGUGCAAGUCAGGAAAGCACAAGAAAAACCAAUGCACAUAGUAUGUGGAUCACAAAAGCAAGGCAAAAUAGCAAAAUUGACUGAUGUCCAAGAAACUCCCCUGAAGCGAGCUGAGACUCUGUGUCCUGGCACACUUAGUGUGACUGUCAACAUGGAUGGAAGCAUAUCCUUCCAAAAUUGCAGUUCAGCAGAGAAGAAACAGCUCAUUCAGAAUGUCUUAUCAGAUGGACAUGAAGGACCAGUUGUACUCCAUCAAUUCAGCUCGCCAGAAACAGCUCAGCUUCUCAAAAAUACGGAAGAGGUGACCAAGGAGACAAUAGAUACUGGCACACCUGUCUCAUUGAUUGAAUCAGACAAUCAUCAUGUCAUGGCUGCAUCAAAUGUCCAGUCACUGGAGCAACAGACCAGUGGAAAGUCUGAGAAGUUCAGCUCCAAACAAGAAUUUACACAAAAGUUAAGUAAGGGCCUCCAGGCCCUUCUGAAUUGUGUGAACUCUGGCCUGGCUACAGAGACUGUGGCAGUUGGCAUAUCUCCCCCCAAACAAGCUGCUUUAGAUGAAACAGUUCAAAAACAUAUCCAAGCUGCCCCAGCUCCUUGGCAUGUUCAAACAGAAUGCAAAACUGUCUCCCGUAUUCCCAUAGUAAAGACUCCCACACCCAGACGUCAGCUAUUGAUGAACCGCAGGACACGAAGCACCCCACGGAGAAGAAAAUAUGUUCGUGCUCUUUCAUUCAAAAAGCCCAGCCCUCAAAUGGAAAUCAGCCCUCUGAAAAAUGUAGAGCAGGAACUGGAGCUGUCAUUGUUUGGGAGUGAACUCUCAGAUACUUCACCAGAUAUCACACCCCUGAAGGCAAUGGAUAACAUUGAUGCAAGGAAAAAUAAUAUUGAGUUCACUCCACUUAAAAAAUUGCUUUCAAAAGGGUCAAGGAUUUCUUUACCUGGCCAGCACACUUCUGCAGCACUUGUGGCUGUUCAUAAUGAACCCUCUGUUUCCAUGUAUCCAGCCAAUCAAUCUUCAGAAAAAUUGCCACAAUCAUCAACUGAAAUUGAAGGACAAGAAGCUGGUAACUCUGCUGAAGUGAACAAUGGUAAUAGAAGUCGUGGUGAGGAUGUUAGCUCUGCCACACCAAAGAAGUGGAAGAUAUGCAUUGCUCUGCAUCCCAAGGAAACUCCAAGCAAGUGUAAGAAAUGUGGAGAGAAGGAAGUGUUUGUGAGUGAUGACUCCACUUCAAACAGUACUCAACCCCCUCCAACACCUCGAGUGAUUCAACCAGAGACUCCAAUAUUUGAUCGAAAUUUAGAGACUGCGAAUCAAACUCCUCAGCAUUAUUUGAUUGACACUCCACAGAGCCCCUUAACACCAGACUUCCAGGAAGUUUUGUCUCCAGUUAAAUCAGUUGAAUCUUGUGCCCGGUGUGUUUCAUAUGUGGAUUCUGGUGCAUAUCAUUCAAAGGAAAGGACCCUUCGUGUGACUGCAUUUCGUCGUGAUACUGAGCCAGUUCGUGUUUAUUCAAAGAGAAGACAAGAAGGAUAUGCAAGUGAUGUGUCUUCCAGUGAGCUAUCUGUGUCAAUGAGUGACUCCCAACUCAAUGAGCAUCCCACCAGUCAAAGGCCUUGUGAUGUUAUAUCUGAGUUGUGCGUAUCCCUUAAGGAUGCCGUGAAACAGGCACUAUACUUUAAAGGAGGACUCUUGAAGCAAUGUUCUCAGAAAAGCCAAGAGGUUUUUGAGCCAACCCAAUCACAACAGCCCAAUCAAAAGAGAGAAAAGCAGCCUAAAAAGGAGAAAAGAGCUACUCCCAAAACAAGAUGCAAGAAGUUGGAACUGCCUCUGAGAAAACAACCAUCAAGAAUAUCCAAGAAGAAAAUCCAACCCACCAAGUGCAAGACACCAAUGAAGACUAAGGAGGAAUUAUCUGUAGAUUGUGAUGCUGGUCUGUCAGUAAUCCAUCUGGAAAUGGGCAGAGACUUCAAAGACUGUUCUAACAUCCAAGACCAAGUGAAAAGUCCUCUGAAAAAGAAAGGCAAGAGAGAGAUCAAAAUUCAGCAAGCCAAGAAGGAAUCACCAUCUUCUUUUGCAGGUGUUAACUAUGAUGAAGGUGAUGACUUGGAUAGUGUUUGUGCCUCAUUUUUGGUGUCCCCUCAGGCAAGAAUUAUCCUAAAUCCAUUGAAAGGUUCACCAAGAGAGGACAUUAUCAUGGAAAUGGAUGAGAAACUCCAGCGUGUCAAAGAGAGACUUCAGAGGGAUUUGCCAACAACUUCCACUCCAAAAAACAAACUUGGAAAGAAGAAACCUAUCAAAUGUAAUGAGAAAUCAAAACUGGCAGCAAGGCGAGAGUUAAUGGUUAUACAAACUGAGCAUGAAGCUACUGUGUUUAGAGGGAAGCCAGGAAAAUCAAGUUCCCAAGUGCAAAAGGGCAUUGAGAGUAGGGAAAAGACAUCAAACAUGAGAGAAAUUGAAAACACAACACAAGACGAGCCUUCUCAAGCUCAAUUUGAUAGAGAAAUAGAGAAAGAAGCAAAGGCCAAAAUUGCACUAAUGAAAUCAAGCAGACAAGAUCUGUUCAAGAUUCAGAAGGUUUGGGGAGGAGAGGCAGCAAACUCAACAGCAAUGCUAAGAAAGCCUACGGAGCAACAAUUUUAUCAGGUUGCUAAUGGUACUGGGAAAGGGAUCUCUCCAGGUCAAGUUCAAAAUGUGAAUGAACAUGAUGAAGAGGAAACAGAAGAGGUUAUGGUGACAUUAAGUGUUACACCCUAUUUUGAACAGCUAUCUCUUAACAUUGCACCAAUGGAAAUGCAAGAUAAGAUGCAGUUACCAGCAGAUGACUUUCCCUUGGCCAAGUCCCCAAUGAAACUCAUUUCUGAUCAACAGCCAAUUACAGAGACAUUGAACCCUGAAGCAGAGCUUAGUGAAGGUGUUGUAAGGGACUCAGAUGAUGAACCAGUCUCAAGCACUUUUGACCUCCAUGCGUACAAAAUCCCCAAGAAGAAACAAGUGACAAUCUCCACCUUCCCCCCAGAAUAUUUGCAAAGAAGAAAGCUGAAACAGGAAAGGAGGGGGAGGAGGAGGAGACACAAUGAAGAUAGGAGAUGGCAAAGGAAGGAAGAGGAAGAUAGGUUACAAGGAGAUGAGAAACGACAUUUGGAAGAGAACAAGCAAAAAAGUGGGGGGAAGCGAUGUUGGGAAGAGAAAGAGUUGCAACAAAGGGAGGAGAAGCAGCAUCAGCGAGAAGAAGAUCGAAAAAGAAGAGAGGAGAAACAAUACUGGCAAGAGGGAAAACAACAACAAAAAGAGAAAGACCGAAGCCCACAGAGAAGAAGGGAAAGGAAGAUUAAGCAGAAUGAAGACGGGCAUAUUGCAAAGUCUUCACUUUCAAAUUUAGACCCAACAUCAGAUGGAAGUAGUUCAUCAUCAGAUUCAGAGAGCACGACAUCAUGUGAUACAUGUUUCUCAACCUCCUCAGAUGAAGGAGAUCUUCUCAAUGGUAUCCCUGAUUCUGAAGUGAAAGUGGUUUCCAGAGUUUCUCAAGAGGCAGGAGCUCUUAUUCCUGGCAUGUGUAAAGCCCCUGAAGCUCCAGACUUUUUUCUAAGAACUACUUCUAAGGUGUCUCAGGAAGAUACAUGUUUUACUCCAGUCAAUAUUACCUCUGAUUCUCAAUUGGAAACUCCUUUCAAAGUGUCUGAUGUGGAAGCAUCAGCAGCUGCCUCCUUGCUUCAGUUGGGACAUACCCCCUAUGUUUCUCCCAUUGGGAUUUUGUCUUCUCCAAGAGGUGAAAUCAUUAGCAGCCCCUCACAAAAUGAUCUCUUGGACUACACAAUCCUCCUCUCAAAAAAAAAGGUCAGUCCAAAGAAGCUGUUAGUACAGGAGGCAAAAACACGGCUCAAGACACCACCACAAGAAUCAGCUGUGUUCAAAGUUCCCAGUCAACGAGCUCCUAAGCCAAAGAACAAUCAGGAUUUGAGGGAGGCAUCUUCACAUUCAGUUUCAAGUCUAUUUGCUCAAGAGCCAGAAAAAAUAAACAGCCAGUAUUAUGUGCAGCGGAUGGGCUUAGUAAAAAACCUGGGUGUUCAUGAGGGUUGCGUGAACAGCAUCACCUGGGAUGAUGCUGGUUGCCUCCUCCUCUCCGGAUCUGAUGAUCGCCACAUCAUCAUCACCGAUCCCUUUUCUAAUAAGGGGCAUCUCCUGCUCUGCUCCUGGAGAAUCUCCAUAAAAGCAAAUUUGCUCCUGUCAACUGAAUUGAUUGAAAGAGGCCUGAUUUUCUUACCUCCAAAGGUGGAAGGAACCAAGCAAAAUAUGCAGAAGUUUCAGGUCUGGGAGACGAUGUUGAAGCAUCAAACUGGUCAUCGCUCUAAUAUCUUCAGUGCCAAGUUCCUCCCCAAGUCUGGGAAUCAGAGGAUCGUGUCCUGUUCUGGUGGGGGACAGAUCCUCUACACCGACUUAGAGAGAUUGGAGGAGACACGGGCAAACUGGUUCUUGUGUCAUGAAGGGACUACAUAUGAAAUCCUUACCCUGCCAUUUGAUCCCCAUUGCUUCCUGUCUUGUGGUGAGGAUGGAACAGUACGACACUUUGAUCUUCGCAUCAAGAACUCUUGUUCCCUUCCCAACUGCAAUGAGGUAUCAGUUCCUACCUUUUAUAUCCUGGACAUCUUGAUCAAAAUGAAAAAUGGUGUGACAGCCCUGUCUGUGAACCCCAUGCUUCCUUACCAACUAGGGGUUGGGAGCGCUGAUGGCCUGGUCCGUAUUUACGACCGUCGUUCUCUCAUCACUGGCCCAAAGCUAUUCACACCAGUUGAGCGAGGUCAAUUGGGUGUGUUCUAUACGGGGAGCAGCUUGGAGGAUUCAAACCGGGUCACAUGUCUCGCCUUCAGUCCCAAUGGAUGUGAUGUCCUGGUUUCCUAUUCCUCUGACUAUCUUUACCUCUUCAACAUAAAUGAGUUGACAGAAUUGAUGCAUGAUCAGGGGAAGGAGAAGCUGUCUCCUGGUGGGAGAGGUGGAAGUGGAAAAGGACCUGGUGGACGAUCAAUGCCCCCAAUGAAGAAGCUGAGACUUCGAGGGGACUGGUCAGAUACUGGGCCCCAAUCUCGACCUCAGGCUGACCACCAUGGCGAGCCUUCUGGUCAGGCAAGGCCAGUACUGCAGUCAGCACUAAUGCAGCGGAUCACAGAUGUUCUUUCUCACAUGAUGACAACACGUGGACGGCGGAGGCGGACCUCAUCUUCCAACGACAGUGGAGAAGUGGAUGAUGAUGCAGCAACCCAUCAUCAAAUGGCUGAUGAGCCUGACAGUGAUGCUAGUCACCCACAAGCACUCCCUCCUUCCUACCUCAAGGAGGAAGGAGGGGCAUCUUCAAGCACCUGUGAUAGUAAUGAAGCUUCUGAACUCAAUCUACCACAAUCAGAAACAACAGAGAAUCCAUGGAGCCAACUGAAGUUCAAGAGGAAGUUCCAGGGACACCGUAAUUCCAGGACGAUGAUCAAGGAAGCUUGUUUCUGGGGUGAGAAUUACAUCAUGAGUGGGUCUGAUUGUGGACAUGUUUUCAUCUGGGACCGGCAGUCUGGUGAUGUUGUCAUGCUUCUUCAAGCUGACAGUCAUGUGGUGAACUGUGUGCAGCCACACCCGCACCUGCCAAUGUUGGCCACAUCAGGGAUUGAUUAUGACAUCAAGAUCUGGGCUCCCUUCAGGGACCACUCUGGGUUUGAUUCCAUUGAUGCCCAGCAGCUGAUGGAGCGAAAUGAGGUGAUGCUGGAGGAGACGAAACACAGUGUGACUGUUCCUGCCUCAUUCCUCUUUCGCAUGCUUGCAUCCCUGGAUUCUCUUCGUCAAGGGAAAUUUGGACAGAAGAUGACCACAUGUGCUGCAGGUCCCAAAGACCCAUGUCGUGCAUCC